AUGGCAGAAAUUGAUAACGAGAUGAAAAAGUCAGAAAAGAAACGACAAUAUGGUUAUAAAAGAUAUCCAAUAUUUGGUGAUCGAUUCAGUUUUCAAGAUGCACGACCUGAUUUAUUUCAUUUUGAGCAUCGAAUACAUGACAUAUUUAUGAAACAUAUACUUGGAUUAAUUAAUGAAUCUUACGAUAUGGAUAACAUCAAAGAAGUCGAACAAAUUUUACAUGAGUUACAUUCGAUAUCAAAGGAUCAAAGGGCUGAUGUUAAGUUUGAAAUGAAAAAUGGAAAUCUUGAAGUAAAAGGAAGAUGCACGAAUGGAAUGGAGCGGAAUUUUUUUAGGGAUAUCCCAUUAUCGCGUGUGCUUUAUAACAAACCACAACAAACCUUAGAUAUUAUGCAAUUAAUACAAAAUUUUUACCAGUUAUUAAGCUUAUAUUCGGAACGUGAUUCAAAUCAAGGUUAUUUUGUACAUUUAAAACAAGCAUCAAUUAUGUGGGUUAAACAAUUCGCUCGUAUAUUUGGUUAUUCGUACGUUACACCUUAUAUGCAUGUAUUAUGUGAUCAUAUGUCAGAAUUUCAAGAAAAAGACGAAGACGAUGAACUAUCAUGUUUUAAUUUACGAGGAGCAGAAAAAUACAACGAUUUAAGUACAGCAGACUAUUUUCGAUCUACGAAUAAACAUCAUAACUCAUUAGAACAAAUGAUUAAAAAGCGAUUUCAACAAUACUAUGUUUUAUUGGACCCAAAUCAAACUCGAGCUUUAUUUAACGACAUUAAUUCUAAUUUUUCUAAUAAUUUAUUCAACGAUAUGAACUCUAUUUAUGUUAAUUUAAAUUUUUAA